AUGCCCGGCGCCGGCCUGCAGCCACGGACCUGCUCGAGAACGCUGUGUUCCGGCGACAAGCACGGCGGUAUCUUCGAAAAGCAGACCCCGCAGGGGAAGCGCAGACCACGGCCUUGCCGAUCGACUCCUCCUGGAAUUGCUUUGAUUGAAGCCAGGGCCCAGGCUUCGACUUGCAGUGCUCGUGGCCGGGCUGAGUACUCUGUGCUGAGGCAGAGUUUCUGA